GCGUCGAAUGGUUGCUUUGUUCGUGUACAGUAGUAGCAUUUGAAGUGUUCUGGCUCUCUGUACUUUGCCGAAAUUUUCCAACAACACAGAACAACAGAAUCGAUUACCCCGCGAUCAGAAUCGCAGCUAUAGAGUGUAUGUGGAUUAUCGGAAAACAAAAAAAUAAUAGAAUAAUAAUUGCAAAUCCGCCGCGAGCGCGUUCGUGUGUGUGUGUACGUGAACUUUGUUGUUUUUUCGGUGUACAAUAGUGUAUCGGCGCGGCUACCGAUUGUGUGAUUAUAUUCUCCCAUCACCGAGUAACUUGCCGAGUGUUGUUUUGUGUGCUUUUUGUGAAAAUAAAUUGAAAACAAAUUAAAACAACAAAAGCAAGUGUUUCGAAAAAUACACUCACUCACUCGCCAACUCACACAAGCACGCCGCUGCACUUGUGAGUUCGUUCCGAGCGAGAGUGGAGAGGCUGGGAUCUCGAAAAACUGCGCACACACUUUUGAUGCCUGCUUGAAGUGGAAGUGAAGUGGCAGAUAAAUAAAAAGCGUGAAAAAGGAACCCAGGAGAAAAAUAAGGAGAGAGAGAGAGAGUGUAUUGUAUUGGUUGGUGUGAAUAUUUAGGCGAAGAUUCGUUUGAAAAGCAACACGCAAAAAAUAGCCCACCCGGUUUACAUUGACCGUAAGCAGAAGAGUGAAAAAAAGAGAGUGUAUACAGCAGGCGGAAAACCGUACCGUUGUCGUCUUCAAAACAAAACAAAACAAACCCGUAGCAACGGUGAGGAGGACCGUGGUGACGGGGUCGCCAAACUAAUAAGUUAGCCGAAAGGAAGAAGAAUCUGCUACCGUAACCCGCAGAACAGAAGGAAGGACGACAACGACGACGACGUUGCAAACUAGCAAACGCCAGAACGUGACACCCGAAGGAGUAGGCGUCCGGCUGCUGUAAAGGAUUUUCCUUAUCGCGUGUCCCAGCGGCGACAAACUCGUGCUGCACAAACCACCAACCCGGAGCCGGGGUGCCGAACGAGAGCGCGCGCGCGUCGGAAGUGAAACGGCCACGAGCUGUUUAUUAGUGGUUACCGUUCUGUUUGAUUACAGCUCUGUUCGUUUCCGUUGCUCGUCAACCCAGUCAUCUGCGUGGUGCCCCCUAACAGAUGUAAGGAACGAAAUCAUGUUCCGACCGCAGCUCAAUCCGACCGAGAGAAUACGACAAAAAAUGCGACUCUUCGAGCAAGAUGCGAGCUUAGAGGGCUUCGGCCAUCGGAGAAGAUACUCGGACCAAACUGAACUAGUAACAGGUAUCGGCGGAGCCGGCGACGGUGGUGACUAUCCCGAUCACGCGUACCCGAUGAUGCCCCCGAUCAACCAUUCGGCCACUCCCGGAAUCAUGACGGACGCCCAGGGGCUCAUAGUGCCCAAGAAGCUAACCAAUCCCUGCUCGGAAUCAAUGGACCGCCAGAACCUGCACCGGGAGCUCAUGUUCAAUCAGAAGAUGGGUAAAAGUGUCCUCAACCAAAAAACCGAACUGCAGCGAGCCCUGGAGAAGCAGAAGGAACGUCAGGUGCUGGCCGCUCAGAAUCUCGCCAAACAGCAGGCCCAGGAAAAUUCGAUCGCUAACGAGCUCGGUCGGGUGAUAAUGCAGCGGGCGGCCCGGUUGGAGCAGAAAAGUCUAGCUGCGGCAGCUGCCGGUUCCCAGCAGGACCAACCGGAUUCGAUCAACCCGGAAUACCUGAAUGCACGGGCGAAACUGCGCGCCACUACGGCGGUUUUCUCGAAAUAGGCAUGUCCCCACCACACACGCAUUCUUUAGUCGGUUAAGAUUGUUUUUAGUAAACACGCAGUACAGCCCCAAGGAAUAAUUUUAACACUGAUAUUUCCCCACCCCUCUCAGCCCCUUUUUUUCGUUUAAUGGUUAAGUUUUAACGUGUAGACAAGUGAUAACGACUACAAUGAUUUCCGUUCUGCUUUUGGUUUUUAACUUCGAUUUUACAAAUUAAUGUUUAUACAAAACAGUGGAAACAAAUCGAAACAGAACAGUUUAAAGAUGAAAGCUCAAAUCUGAACAAAAAAUUGAGAAUUUAAACUACAAACAGAAGAAGAUUCAGAAGGAAAAGGGCGACAUGCUUUAAGUAGUUUUAAUGAGUUAAAUGUCUAAUUCUAUUGUCACUUUAGAUAGAAUGAUCUGUUGGAUGUAUAUUGAGAAAGUGUUUUAAGUUGUAGUAAUAUUUGUACACAUACCGCCGGGAAGGAUUUCGAGCAAACAGUAACUGUAGCAAAAUUGUGAUAAUCGGGACAACAGGCAGUAAGGAAAAAAAGCGAGCACUUGUUGAUGUGGCAUCUAAUCGAGUCCUUCGAAAUCCUUCUCUCAUAUUCAUAGAGAAAGAAAGAGAAUCUUCCGUAAAUAUUACACAUAGUUUAAACACAAAUGAUAAGCAUCCGAUACCUACCAUAUUCGAUAAAAAAAAGAGUUUAGUUCUGGUUUAGUUUGUAAGUGUAUGUGAAUAGAAAACUGUGAGCAAGUAAAACACAAACAAAUAACAAAAAAACAACAACGGGCCUUUGGAAAAACUGUAAGAGCUGAAUGAGUAAAUGUAAAACGAUAGAACUGCUGUUGCCUACGCGAGGAGGAUUCGCCACAAUCAUUUGAUCCUCAACCAAACAUGACGAGUCUGUUAGAGUUAGAACGUACAUUUAACCCUUGGAAUAAUCUCAUCUCACAAUCAAUCAACCAACCUGGCUGCAACGUAGAAAGCAAUGAAAGUUAACAAAUCAUCCUCAUCCACAUUCUUCCCACUGAAAGCAAACAAAAAAAAAAGAAACACAUGUGUAAUCAAAUUGAGCAAAGAUCGCAACACCGAAAGACUAUCGAAAACCUUUAUAGAGAUUGGCCUUGUUAGUAGUGAUUCGUAUUUAGAUGAGAACUGACUAUUCAUAUUGACCCGUUCAUCCCACCUUCUCUGCCCGGUUUGAAUGUAGUAGGGACAGCAUUAUAUAUAACACAGAAAAAAAUGUAAACAAUUACUUGAAAUUUAGCAACAACAAAAAGUUCGAUUUACAUGGUUAAUACAAUUCAAUCUUGCUAUGCAACUAACUACUAUAAACUGCCGGGAUUCGCAUAGUUGACGUAUCGGCUAUGCGCAUCACGGGCAGCACCUAUAACAUAUAUGUACAUCCAGUAAUCAGUUUAUUCAGUGUUAUGAAAACAGUUUCACUAAACUAAAUACAGAUAUAUUAUGAAGAUAUAACCACCUAGGUUAGCGCAAAUGUGAACAACAACAGUAGUGUGAUUGAUUGUGGCAAAUACGGACGCGGGGAGGAUAGACGAUACGAGUGUUAUACCACAGACUAACAAAACAAACCAGAACCACUGUGUUGUAGUGUAGUUUAGUGACAGUUCUAGCGUGUAUUCUGCAGUCGAAUGAAUAUAUAUAGGAGAGUAAACCACUAUUUUAACUGAAAAAUUA